CAUCGGCUUUCAUGGACUCAACGAAGCAAAUGAAUUUUCUCCAUUCUUUAAUUCAUCGAUUCGCAUUCACUUUCUUCUUCAGUUUGCAUUUACCACUUAACUCAGUUUAUUCUCAAUCGCUUCAUUGAAAGCUUAAACAUAAUAAUAAUAAUAAUAAUAAUUAUUUGCAAAAAUGAUGUCUCCAAAGCCACUUCCAGAAAAUCGAGGUUCAUCUAACCCUGCUACUAUGCGGCAAACACCCUUGCAGAUAAUCCAUAUUGCUGGGAACUUUAUGAGAAUAUGGUCAGUUUACUCCAUGUACCGUUAUUUGUCUCAGACGGGGGCUUCAGUUGUUCUUUUUAUGUUCUGCUGUCUUCUUCCAUCAUGCAUCUGGUUUCUAGUAGCGCAAAAGCCUUGGAAGGGCAGGGCGCUUUCUAAUACACAGGUAGUACCUUCAGUUGUAAAUGGUGCUAUAACAGCUCUUUUCUUCAUCUUGUGGGGAAAGGGCCUUAAAUCUUGUGGUCCUGUUCGGGCCAUAUUAGGCGAGUAUUCUGGUGCUGUUCUAGGAGUAUUAUCUGGGGUACUGUAUGGAAGGAGGGGCCAUGUUUGGAAAAAGGUUGGUGGACUCCUUGCAAUGCUGGCAUCUUUCUACUUUUUAUCACAAGGAUGGGCGAUGGCUACAUAUUCUCCAUUUCCAUUUAGCAAUGCCACUGAUGAUGAGACAGGGACCGUCACCGAACAGCUAGUAGGAAUGAAGGAAAUGCUAGUUCCCAUUCUUGCUGGAAUCUUGUCAGCACUUCGGAGGGUCAUCGCAAGGCGGGUCUCACUUAAGAAUCAACUGAAGAGGCGACUCCAUGCCAUAACCCUUACUUCUGCGACGUGCUUUUUGUUUCCUGUUGCCAUGUGGGACAUGAUUAUAGGAUCUAACAAUGUAGAGCUGCCGUUUUCUGCUUGGGCUUUUUCAAGCACCAUCUUAUUUGGGAUGGUGUUGAUAUUUUACAUUGAUAGCAUUGCAGAGGAGAGGUUGCAUAUGGUUUUCUCUUCUCCAAGGCACUUAAUGGUUGCGGGAGGAUGCAUCAUUGUCAUGGAGAUAGUAUAUAAAAUGGACUUCUCGUUACUCGGUUUUCUUGUUUGUGCCGCCAUCUUGGGAAUUGGCAUAUAUGAAGCUACGUCCUUGGAUCGUUCUAGGAGAGAUUCUUUCCAAGGCUCAAGCUCCAAUGGCAUCUUGGACGAUCAACCUGAAAUGUCUCCACUUCCUACUUGAUCACAUGUUUGUUAAGCUACAGAAUUUAUAAUCAAAAAGAUGUUCUGAUGGCUUCGCCUCGUUGAGUAUCAUAAGGGUAGUAAGCACUAGUGAGAUUCAAUUCUUGGUCACGAGAGUACUGGUGCUUCCUUAUGAACUUUCAUUGUUUUUGUUUGUCCAGGUGCAAUAUCAUUCAUACUUUUGACUCUGACAAGAGAUGCAAAUGAGGAGAACAUGUUUUCUAGUAUACUCCUCAUUAUGUCAUGGUAAUUGGCCUGAAACUAUUUACAAAGUCAGUGCUUUCCAUGUUACGCCCAAACAUCGAGUGCCUGGAGUCGUGGAAAGCACCUCAGGAAUAUAUAUAUAAAAAUGUUCUGUGCCCGUUCCCAUUGAUGGUUGCCAUGUUGCAUCUACAUUGAAUUUGUGUUAUGAUUUGAUUAUUUGACCAACAGGGUUAGCGAAAUAUUUGUACAAACAGUAUAUGUACCUUCCCAUAUUUUAUGGACUUCAAUUUUUUUUCU